UGAAGGGAAGGAGCGUAGGUGUAGGAGGGGAUGGAGAAGUGGUGCUGCAUUCCUGUCUGAACACACCAAACGGGACCAGAAAGGAGAAAAGAAGUUAAUCUGAAAUCCAGAUGCCUUAAGGACCAACAGAGGGUCAAACUAAUCCAAACAGUCACAUAGUCGCAGAGCUCCAUCCCUUCUUGUGUUCUGUUGUUUUUGCAGACUUUUACAAGUCAACUGGCAUCGGCCGGACUAAAAGAUCAACUGGAUACUUUUUACGCCUGCGUUGUCUUGUUAAACCUGCUGCAGUCAAAUCCACAGGAUUUCUUUCUUUUUGCUAUACUUUGUUUUCUUUUCUUCGAGAGGAAUUCCCAGAUGCAUUAAUGGCGUGAGCAGCUUCAGUGAUUAAGUUAUGGCGUCGUGGUGGUGCACCAAGAUCUUCUGCAGGUUGGCUGCAGCGGCCUUUCCCCUGAUCAUCACAUCGCUACUUUGGCUGACGAUCCCCCCCGCCCAUGCUGCACCUUCCUGUCCACGGAGCUGCAGCUGCCCAGGCGUCAAAGACGUCCACUGUACUUUCAGACAUCUCACAGCCAUUCCAAGAAACUUUCCCAAAGACACAGAGAGGCUCAACUUGGGAUACAAUAGCCUGACUGAGGUGGAAGGGUCCGCAUUCCGGUCGCUACGGCAACUGGAAAUGCUCAUGUUACAUGGUAACGACAUAAGCACCGUCCAGGAUGGAGCCUUUUACAGCUUGCGAUCGCUACAGAUAAUGAAGCUGAGUUACAACAAGCUAACAGCAGUAACCCCUGCUUUGUUUGAGGGUCUUGUUGGUCUGGUUCGUCUCCAUCUGGACCACAACCUCAUCAGCUUUAUCGAGCCAUACUCCUUUUCGGGUUUGACUUCUCUCAAACUGUUACAACUGGAGGGAAAUCUUCUUAAAGAGAUCCAUCCUCAUACCUUCAUUACAGUCUCCAUGCUGGGAAACUUUUGGACCUCUGGACUCAAACACUUACACCUUUCAGACAAUAUGCUGGAUCAGCUCCCUGCCUCUGUAUUGACCACAGCGCCCAGGCUGGAGCUCCUCUCUCUUCAUGGGAACCCCUGGACUUGCGACUGUCAACUUCACUGGUUGGUACAGUGGAGCUCCACACAUGAAGGAGUAAUAAAGUGUAAAAAGGAACGUGAAACCAGCACCGUUGAGAUUUGUCCCCAGUGUUUCUCACCUCAACCCCUGAACGGGACCCUCCUGCUUGGGUUAACUGAAGACCAGCUAACCUGUGAGAGGCCAGCUCUUCACUCUUCCCUGAAACUCUGGGACAACCCAGUGUGGGCUGAGUCCGAUACGGAGCCUGACCUUCCAUACACGCGUGACCUUGAGAAGCCCUUGGGCCACCUGAGCUUUGCUCUGUCAGAUAGCCAUGGAAAUAAUGCCCACGUGGUUUGUGACGUGCGUCACCCAGGAGACAGUUCGCCUGUAAGCUGGACAGCCAAUCCACGGACAGCACAAGGGUCGUCUAUUAAUGUGUCAUUGGCAACCGUCCUGGAGUGUGAGAUUGAUCGUGAGAAAUUACAAAACCUUUGGCAGUUGGUUGCGUAUUACUAUGAAAGUCCUGCUAUCUUGGAGAGAGGUCAACAAAGAGCAAACACCAGCCAAACAACGUAUAAAUAUGCACAAGUUGCAAAUGAGAAUUCCCCGUAUUUUACAGACUUGAAGGGUUAUUUAGUAGGGGAGCCCACAUGGCUGCUUCAACCCAGAGUCACUUUAAAGCUUAAUCGGCAGCAAACAACAACCAAGAAACUGGUGAUGGAUUACAGCACAGUGAUCACCAAGCGUAUGAACAACCUAAGAGGGCAGCAAGACAACAGUGAUCGUCCUCCUUCUUGGGCAAUGAUUCAUCGUGGAACUGCAGGACGAGUGAAAACUGCUCUGGAGGGCUCAGAGGUUCACUUACGAUGCAGUGUUGUCACUUCACAACAGGAUGUGAAAAUUGAGUGGAUGCUUCCCGAUUUGUCCAUUGUGGAGAGUACGACUGAUAAAAUCAAAAUUGACGACGCAGGGGACCUUGUUAUCAUGAAUACAUCGCAAUCCGACUCCGGUCUCUACCACUGUAUGAUCAGAACAAUGGCUGGUGUGGAUCUGGUAUCUCUGAGGCUUACUGUUAAAGAACGGUCACCGAGUCCGACUGCUUUCAAUGGUCAGAAAAUGCUAGUUGAAGAGGGAGGCUCAAUCUCUCUCCCAUGUGAUGUCACAUCAGUGCAACCUAGCCAAACAGUUUGGUACAUGCCCAAAAACAAAGUUCUUCUUCCCACACAAAAGACAAGAAAGGCAACAGUCAUGGAAAAUGGUACUUUGGUGGUAAAGAAGUUGAUGCAAGAGGAUUCAGGGGAGUACAGUUGUUUGGCCUCAAAUCUCUAUGGCGUUGACAUGCUGUCACACAUCGUGGAAGUCACAGGGGAGAGCUCUGAAGUCAGGACACAAACAGAGCAGCAAAUUUUAAACACUGAUGAGGAAGAGGGUUCAGCAGGAGAUUACCAGGAAACUAUUCGCCGCUUUGUGACACAGGUUUCUAUGGAAGGAAAACAGCAUCAGAGUCCCGAAGCAAACAAAUUCCCAAGGAAAGAUCUGAAACGAAAACCCACCAUUGUUGUAAAGAAAUUAGAUCCACAGGCAUCCGAUUUGCCACUACCAGAUUCCACCACACCAAUUGUCCCAACCACUUUGUCCAACCCUGCGACUACCAUUUCCCCAUUUCCAAUAGCCAGCCAUUUGCCCAUCACAACAAUUUCAGAGUCUUUUCUGCUGGAAACAGAACCAAAAACUUUACCGAGCCCAUCUACCAGAAGCACAGAGCCAUUCCAGCAGCAGGUUAAUGUGAUCACAGACAUAAACCAUGCCAUAACCGAGUCAUCAGUUGUUACAACCCAAGCUGAAAAAGUAGAAAACAGAAGGUUUGGUCAAGGUAAAAGGAAAUUUAUUCCUGGUAACUCCAAUCGGAGAAGGCCACCUUUUAGGCGUAGAAAACCUCCAAUGAGAAGAAUUAAACCUGAUCUGGAACCAUUCCGUCAUUCAUCAAACGUACUUAAAUCUAUAGUCUCCCCACCAAUCAUAACAACUAUUACUCCUGUCACGACCACCACAACUGGUAAGACAACAUCUGCACAAAGUACAGUCACUGCAUACUCCCAGAUCAAGGAAGACAAAGUCGAUGAAACAUAUGAUAACAAGGAUGCUGGUGGUUUCGAUGAAAAACAAGAAUCCAACUCUGAAACCCGUCAUACUGUUCCGGAUUUAAGCAAUAGGUUCACCACAAAUCACAUGUACACAGAGCUUGAGAAAGUCAAAGAAUCUGAGAAUGAGCUGGUCACCCAAAGUUACAAUAUGUGGCAUACAACACUUUCCACAAUCCAAACACCAAAGCCAAAGACUUCACCGGAACAAAAUAAAGCAACCCACACCAGAGGUUCAUCAUCCAAAGUGAUAACUUCACAUAUAAACAAAAACAAAACAAAAGAGGACAGCAUUUCCAAGGAAAACAAAAAGGCAGAUAGAGCAAGAACAAAUCCUGAAAUCCCAUAUGUUCCUAUAGUUCAGCCGAUUCACCCCUGGCUCCACCAGUACAACCAAGAACGGGACCAACCAACGUCUGCACAGGUGCCACAAUCACACAAGGAAAAUAGAGAAGUGGAUCUCAGUAGCCCUACUUUGCCUUCCCACGCUGCACCAACCUCCCGUUGGUCUCCAAGCCUUAGUCGUCAUCCUGUGUAUCAUCCUUGGCCCGGGCAACGCUCGUUUCUUUCUUCCAAAAAAGGUCCCGUGCCACACAUUGUACCCACACAGGGAACCAGACCUCAGGGUCAAAACCCAGUUCCUACCAACAGACCAGAGAUCACAGCUGAAACGGUAAAGCCCACACCCACUCACAGAUACCAGGUGAAAGAUCAACUCCUACUAUCAAGGCUGAGGAACAGAUACAGACAGGCAUACCUUGAUCGUCUCUCACAGCUUGGAAAGAUUGUGACACCAAAACCACGCUUAAGCUACAACAAACCUGUAAACCCAAUUCAACCCAGUCCCAUACCUCUCAACCCAGUCAGAGCCUUCCUUCCCAGACCACAAGCACCAACACCCUCCAAUGCCUUGCAACCUUCACACUUUACUAAACCUAUGACAUCAUCCUUCGAUGCUUCCAAUUCAACCUCUCAUCCUCAGCCAUUUUCCAAAUCAGGAUUACAGCCAGGAGGUCAGUGGCCUGUUCGAGCUGAAAUUGGCUCUCAACAUCCAACUGCUGCACCUCCGAACCCAUGGGUGUUGGGAGCUGGGGUUGGUGGGGCAAAACCCCGCAUCACCACAGUAAACAAAGCCAGUGUGUCAGUGCUGGCAGAAGGUGAUGCUGUUCUACAUUGCAAAGCAACAGGGAAUCCUGACCCGAGCAUCGCAUGGACAAAAGUAUCUACAGGUGCCACCAUACCUGCCAACACCAAGCAUGGUUCCCGGUUUGAAGUCUUCAAAAAUGGAACUUUUGUAAUUAAAACAGUCCAGCUUCAGGACAGAGGCCAGUACCUGUGCACUGCCCAAAACAGGUUUGGAUCAGACCGUAUGGUGAUCACGUUAGCAGUCCAGACUGAGGCCCCCAAGAUCCAACCUGCCAGGUCUACGGAGAUAGCCAUCUAUUUAGGAAAAAGUUUGACCCUUGAUUGUCUUGCUUCUGGGAAACCACCAGCCCAAAUUUCCUGGAUUCUACCAGAUGGAACAUUUGUUCGUGAAAUCGGAACUGUUCAUUCCCGACUUCCUCAAAUGUCACUACUCGUGAAUGGGACGUUGCAAAUGCGGUCGACCAAUUUCUCCAGUAAAGGAGACUAUAAAUGUAUCGCCAGCAAUGCAGCAGGUGCUGAUACGAUCACGUACCAUGUUCACGUGGCAGCUUUGCCGCCAAGCAUCAGCGAAGCUGCAAGUGACACUGUGAUCAUUCCGGCAGGUAGGAGUGUUUAUGUCCAUUGUUCCAUGAAAGGUGAGCCAUUUCCUACUUUGAAGUGGGCACUUCCAUCAGGGGUCCAUGUGAAGCCAUCACAGUUCCUGGGACAUCGGCUCUUUGUCUUUCCCAAUGGGACACUGUAUGUGAAAAAUGUCUCACCCGCUGAUGCAGGGAGGUAUGAAUGUUUGGCUGCAAAUACUGUAGGCAUUGCCAAGAGAACCGUGCGGAUUGAAGUGAGGCCUGAUGGCUUGUCAAAUAACCCCCAUCCUCCUGUUCCUUUCCCCCCGAUACACCAUCAUGCUGUUCCAUCCCGUCAGCACUCAGUGUCAGCUAUGUUUGCUUCUGCUGUGUACUUACACUGUCCAGAGUCUAGUGGAUACCCAAGGGGUACAAUCUGGCAGUUACCCUCCAAAACCAUCAUGGAGCAUCGAUACAGUCCAGAGAGACCAAUUAAAGUUUUCCGGAAUGGGACUCUGAGGAUACUUCAGUUAACAGAGCUGGAUGGCGGAAAUUAUCUGUGUAUCUUUCAGCGACCCAAUGGAGAGGACAUGGAGCUCUUUCGGGUGGAUGUCUUGAUGACGCCGCCCAGAAUCCAACAUGUGAGAACAACACAAUCAAAAGUGAACUUUGGAGAAAACGUCCAGGUGGACUGUGUCGCAUCAGGCCUCCCGGAUCCAGAAGUCUCCUGGAGCCUACCAGAUGGAACGCUAAUCAACAAUGCACUUCAGUCUGAUGACAGUGGCUAUCACAACCGCCGCUAUGUUAUUUUUGGCAAUGGAACAUUACUUCUCCACCAAAUGGGCAGAAAAGACGAGGGUGACUACACGUGUUAUGCAAAAAACAAACUAGGCAAAGACGAGAGAAAGGUUAGUGUCAAAGUUGGACCAAACGCCCCAAGAAUUAGUUUAGAAUCUCAGUCACCGGUGACUGUGAGAUACGGAGAGUUGGCUAAAAUGAGCUGUCGGGCAACAGGCGAACCAACACCAAGGAUCUUUUGGAUCUCACCACGCAAUGAUGUCAUCCCACCAUCAUCAGACAAGUUUGACAUUCUGGAAAAUGGAAUGUUAGUGGUGAAAAGAGUAACGCUUGCUGAUGAAGGGAAGUAUGCAUGUGUGGCACGAAAUUCUGCAGGUGAUGACGUUAAAAAUGUACUUCUGGAGGUUGAACCCCGCGAACCCUUUAUCAAUGGCAACAAAGGAAAGACUUCCAAAAAUGUUGUAGGUGUUUCUUAUCAAACCGUCCUUUUGGACUGCAAGGUGGAAGGGAAACCUGUGCCGCAGGUUUGGUGGAUUACUCCUUAUGGCCACUUGCUUCAAACUUCCUACCUCAGCGGCCGCUUCCAAGUCCAUCAAAAUGGCACAUUGGAGGUGAGAGGGGCAAGGAAGACAGAUGGAGGCAGGUACAUGUGUACGGCCAAAAACCAUGUGGGUGAGGCAUCAUUAGUAGUUGAAUUAGAUGUGGCUCCAAUAGCAGAGAAGCCAAGUUUUGCUGUUCCUAAUAUUGAAAUCAUAUCAAUACAACAAUAUGGCAGGGAAUUGUACCUGCAGUGCCCUGCUCGUGGCAAGCCAAACCCAGAAUUUGUGUGGGUGCUACCUAAUGGAACAACGUUGAUGCCUGGUGUUAGACUGCAACGCUUUACCCACCAUCAGGCCAACGGGACCCUGGGGAUCUCUCAGCUGGCUGCAAGCGAUAAGGGAGUUUACAGGUGUCUAGCAAAGAAUAUAGCGGGGCAAGCAGAGAAGCGCUACAUGCUGGAAGCGGGCAGGAAGCCGACAAUCAGAGGACCAACGGGUGGGAUAAAGAUCACCUACGGCCAAACUCUCAACUUGCCCUGCACUGUGGAAGGCUGGCCAACGGCAUCGAUCGCAUGGACUCUACCCAACGGCUUCACUUUGGAUAAACCGCAAUCUGUUGGUCGGGUUACAUUUCAUGCCAAUGGGACCCUCCAGAUGAGGCAGGUUGCUACGUUUGACAAAGGGACAUAUAUAUGCAAAGCCUCCAACGCAUUCGGCUCAUCAACAUUGUCAUAUCCUAUCACGGUAAUGGUUCAUCCACCACGUGUCACCAGUAUGCUGCCCUCCAUCACCAGCGUCAGUCGGGGAUCGCCGGUGAGGAUAAAUUGUGUCGCUACUGGUGUUCCCAAGCCAGAAAUUUCAUGGACUUUACCUGGCCGUACUACAUUGGUUCCGCAUAACCGCUACAUAGUCCAAGGAGGGAUCCACAUGACAGAGGACGGUAGUUUGGUUAUCCAGAACCCCGUGCUAAUGAACUCUGGUAUCUACAAAUGCAAUGCUAAAAAUGCCCUCGGAACAGAUUUUAAAUCUACAUACCUCCAAGUGAUCUGAGGGUCAUGGUGUGUUUCUGAUUCCGGGACUGUGAGGUUCAGGGGGUCUCCCAGCAGCAUUAAGACUGAAUGAUUUGUCCAUAAGGAUGUCAGUAAUCAUCAAUGAUACAACAAUUAGGAUGCCAUGGAGAAAGGCCGCUAGCUAUCUGGCCGUAGGUAGCCUGCUAUUUUACAUUUGAAUAUAGUUAUGUGGUCCUCACCACACAUAAACAUGCAUUGGAUGCAUGACCUCGACCUCUUACCUCUGGCUACGUGACGUAGCUUUGGAUCAGUUGUGUUUU